GUGGCGGGCCGCCCAUCGUCUUUUAAAAGCGAGUGCUGCGCGUGCGCUGGCUACAGCGUGACCACUGACCGGCGCCGGAGCACGAGCGCGUACGGUGCGACACGACUGCGAACACAACAGUGCGAUCAGCAGCACGGAGACGGAAAAAAUAUCAGUUAUCCAAGAUGUCCGUGGUAAAGUCGGCACAUUUGGCCGUGAUCACAGUAUUCUUGCUGGUGGAUACAUGUUAUUCAGCGCCACCCGCUUUCAAAUUGUGCGGCAGACAACUUGUGGAGACCAUGGAAGGUCUAUGCAAAGAGUACAAUAGCCCUCCUUGGGAUGUACCUACAGUAAUUGAACAACCUACAGGCGCAGUCAGACGGAAAAGGCAAAUGGGUAUAGCGGAUCGAUGUUGCGUCUCGUCUUGUCGGGCAGCUGAGCUUCUACAAUACUGCUCCGUAAUAAAAUUAGAGUCACCACUGGAGCUGACGGAUGAGCACUUGAUCGAGGAUCGCUCCGCUGAGGCUUCGAGUGGCGUGCCAGCAGCCGUGGUAGCGAAGGAGUCAUCAGAGCGGCGCUCGGUACGAGGUCGCAGUCGCGGGUACGCAAAGCGAGGCCGCUGUUCGUGUCGGCGCAAACGCGCGGGCCGACGACGUUCCUUGCUCAUGGGUAACAUGAAACUCGAAAGGAAUGCCGCGCGCGCUGCUCCCGUGGUAGGCACCGUCUCGCCCCUACUGACUUGGGGAAGAACUUUAAACACUGAUUUACCGUCAGCAGAAAGAGACCGCUAUGCAUAUAUUGCGGUGUAUUCGUAAAAUAUUCGAACAAUAAUGAACUUUUUGAUGACUACAGCCCCUAGUCUGGUACGACCAAUCAGUAUAUUAGCCUAAAAAUUUGUAGAUAAAUACAACGUAAAAUAGCCAAUGAAUUAGGUUCCCUUAUUGACGAGAUUACAUCAAUACCUAAACAAGGGUGAUCUUAAAAAUUGUUGCGUUCCAUUCUACGUAUUUAAAUUUUUAUCCGUUACACGUAAUGACGUGAUCUCUAUGGUUUCAUUCAUGAUAUUAUUUUCAAUUUUCACCACGCAAUUAAUUAACCUUAACAAUGAUCGUUAAAAGUUUGACACUUCUUUGCCUUUGGCGGUCAGCAAUCAGCACCAAUUGUAUUUCAAAGUAGUUAGAGCAAAAUACAGGUUGUAUGAAAAGAAAUGGUGUAAUACCUUUACAAUAGCAGACUUGGGGCCGUCUAUCUACUUGUAUUAUCGAUGCCAUAAUAAAUCUAUUUCUGAAACUUUCAGCAAACUAGGUUAUUAGAUAAUAACGUGUGCAUGUAGUACGUAGAAAAAUCUAGGAUUUAUAAGUUAUUGUAGCUUGAAAACAAGUUCCUUCCUAGAAAUGUGUUCAAGUAUUAAUUAAUCUAAAAUUUAAGAUAAUCAAAUUAUGAUAAUCCUGAUAGUAAACUACGAACUAGACUUACACCAUUAUUUGAAGUAAGUACAACAUAGCCAUAUACACAAUCCGGAGAUCCUACUUUCGAUUCCCGGGCUUGUUUCGGAUUUGGCAGUGGCUAGCACUAACUUAGCUGGGAAAAAGGAGACGUAGUAAGACCACAGUAAUAACAGCAAAUAUAACUUUUAUUUUUGUUCAAUCCGGCAAACUCAACAAUGUUUAGUCUAGUUCAGUCAAAUCAGAUAGAUUAUAUUGUACUUUUGAAAUGUUCAUUAGAUAGGCGAUUUACGUACAUAAAAACAUGCCACACGCUCAUAAUAUAAGAAUAAUAAUGUAAAUAUUCAUAAAUGCAUUGUAAUAACUCUAAAACUAUGUAACACCUACCACAUAAGAUUCAAAGAUCUCUUAAGCAUCUGUGAUAAUCCAAUUGAUAAAGUAAUUCAUUAACUUAUGAACUUUUAGUAAUAUCAUGUUUUUAGAUUAACAUGUCUCUGUGUUUGCGUCGCAUGUCCGGGUAUAAUGAUAUGUAUAUUUGAGGUGACUGAUUAAACAAAUUCUGUUUUUACAUAAAUUCUUUUUCUUCCCAGUUCAAAUCAAAUAAAAUUUUAAAUUUU